AUGACCGAAGCAUGUCAUUUCGGCGGAGAGACGAUAAUGGGGAUGAAUGGGCCAAAUAAGAGUAGCUAGCAAUCCCUCUUGUGUGUAGGAUUUCGUAGGCGUAGAUUGAUAUUGUAACUAUUGUUUCAUUUUUACUGCAUAUCUCCGACAAGAUGGCUCCUCGUGCACCCCCUCGCGGCAUCUACGCCCCCGUCGUGGCCUUCUUCCACGAAGACGAGACUCUCGAUGUCGAAGCCUUGAAGACUCACAUUACGCGGCUCGCAAAGUCGGGCGUGGCCGGCCUGGUCAUCCAGGGAUCCAACGGAGAGGCGCCGCAUCUGCUCCAUUCGGAGAGACAGCAGGUCAUUGCAACGGCAGCCGAGGUGCUCAAGCAACACGGAAAGCCCGAGGCCGUCAUCAUCGCCGGCUGCGGCGCGCAGAGCACACGGGAAACGAUCCAGCUCUGCACUGAAGCCAAGGAGUCGGGAGCGGACUACGCUCUCGUCCUGUCACCGAGCUACUGGACCGGCGCAAUGCAAAAGCCCGUGAUCCAAAAGUUCUUUGACGACGUCGCAACAGCAUCGCCCAUCCCCAUCCUCCUGUACAACUUCCCCGCCGUGACAUCGGGCAUCGACCUCGACUCAGACCUCAUUGCCGACCUGGCGGCAUCGAACCCCAAGGUCGUGGGCUGCAAGCUCACCUGCGGCAACCUGGGCAAGCUGCACCGCGUAGCGCACGACGAGCGCAUCCCUCAGCCGUUCGCCGCGUUCGCGGGCAAGUCGGACUUUUUCCUGCACGGGCUCGUUGCCGGCUCCAACGGCGUCAUCGCGGCGGCGGCCAACUUCACGCCAAAGGUGCACGUCAAGCUGCUGGAGCUGUACGACGCGGGCAAGCUCAAGGAGGCGACCGAGUUGCAGACGAAGCUGAGCCGCGCCGACUGGGUGCUGGUGCAGCUGGGUGUCGCCGGGUUGAAGGCUGCGCUGGAUAGAUAUUUCGGGUAUGGCGGUGGACGGAGCAGGCGGCCGCUUGGCCUCGUUGCGAGCGCCAAGUUCGAGGGAGAAAAGGAUGCGGUGCUCAAGGACUUGGUCGAUUUGGAGAGUUCGCUAUAGACGUGCCCGAUACUCCGUACAUGAGGUUGGGAUGUGAUGAGAUGUAGAUAAGAUAAAGAUUAGAUGAUGACAAUUUCAUCAUAAGAUACAGUAUCUUGGGAGACCAGCUGGCAAGGGCUGUCCCACCAGCUGGUCGCCGUCAACCGAUAUAACCACCGAAUGUGUUCCCGG